CUCCAACGAUCAAGUUCGAGUGUGAGCACCGAACACCGCCUGAGGCUGAUAACGUGUAAAAAAGAGCAUACACCUCUUCUGACCAAUUCACCCAUCGUUGCCGUCCGGUUAGCACUAUAUCGAUAAAUUUCACUACCAGCGCGGUAGUCUCUCACCUGCAGCGACGAGGGCUGUGUCCGGCAUUUUUAUUGUUUUUUUCCGCGAGUGAUGAUUAAUUUUAACACGCAAAUUUAAGUUCGAUAUUUUUUUUUUUUUUUUUGAGACCGUCAACCAGCGACGCUCGUGGACAAUUUCGGCACAGAUAACAAUUAUAUUUUCCCAAAAAUGGCUGAAAUACAAUCAAACAUCCAAGAGUUUUUUAAAAAUAAAUCCGUCUUCGUCACUGGAGGUACGGGGUUUCUUGGUAAGCUGAUCGUCAACAAAUUGAUUAGAUCGUGCCCUCAGAUCAACCACAUCUAUCUUCUAGUAAGGGACAAAAAAGGAAAAAAUGCGCACGAAAGGCUGGAGGACAUAUUCAAUAUGCCGAUAUUUAAAGACAUCGAUGCGACAACAUUAAAGAAAAUCAGUGCACUCAGAGGUGACUGUAGCCAAGCAGAUUUGGGACUGUCCGUCGAAGACCUGAAUAUGUUAAUCAAAGAGGUAAAUGUCAUAUUUCAUAGUGCGGCUACGGUUCGAUUUGAUGAACGUCUUGACAUUGCCAUUGGAAUAAACGUAAUCGGCGCCAGAGAAAUCGUUAAACUUGCUCACAAAGUUGAAAAUCUCGCGUCUUAUUUACAUGUCUCGACGGCUUUCUCCAACUGUCAUAAUAAACGUAUAGAAGAAAAGUUUUAUAAUCUACCGUAUAACUAUGAAAAACUCAUACAUCUUUAUAAGACAAAAAGUUCAAAUAUACUCGAAAAAAUGAAACCUUUCCUGUUGGGACCCAUGCCAAACACUUACGUCAUGACGAAAGCGGCCGCCGAACAACUGAUCAAGCGCGAAGCCAGGGGUCUGCCCGUCACGAUAGUCCGUCCGGCAAUCGUGAUAGCGACCGCCAAUGAACCGCUGCCAGGUUGGAUCGACAAUUUGUACGGGCCGACGGGCAUCGUGACUGGCGUGAUGACGGGCAUAAUAAAAUCUCUGCCGUGCGACCUUAACGCCGUCACGGAUCUUGUGCCUGCCGAUUUGACUGUGAACGCGCUAAUAGCCGCGUCCUGGGACACACACGUCAGAUACUGCCGUGCCGGGCCGAGCGAAUCGAUCGAAAAUCACACAGACGACCCUCGCAUCUUCAAUUUCGUGUCAUCACCCGAAAACCCAUUGACUUGGAGAAUAUUUUCGACGACCCUGAUGUACUACAUCUUGCACCGGCCCACGGCUAAGGCCAUGUGGUAUCCGACAUUGAUCAUGAACGCGUCGGUGUUUUCACACAAGCUCACCGUCCUGAUAUUACAUUAUCUGCCCGCAUUCCUGUUGGAUUUAGUGUUCAUUUGCACGGGAAAUAAACUCAGAUUGGUCGAUCAAUACAAGAAAAUAGGAAGAUUCACUGACAUAUUGGAAUACUUUUCCACGAGGGAAUGGAUAUUCAGUAAUAAAAACGUGCAAAGUUUAUGGAACAGCUUAAACAACGACGACCAAACGCUGUUUCCAUUCGAUAUUAAAAAGAUGCAUUGGGAAGAGUACUUGGAUACGUACCACAAAGGGAUAAUGACAUUCUUGCUCAAAGAAGGACAGGACAAGUUACCGGAGGCCAGGAAACGUCUUCACGGUUUAUAUAUCUGUCAUAUGAUCUUCAAAAGCGCUGUCUACAUAGGACUUAUGAUGCUGUUAUGGGUGAUUUUAAAAAGAAUAUUUUUGGCUUAGUUGUGGCAUACGUGCGUGUGUAUACUACAUAGCUAUACGGAAGCUUGAAUUCAAUUUUAAUCACAUUAAACAUAUACCUAGAAGUACAAGAUUCCAUAAAUAUGUUUUCUAGUUGUUAACCUUUUUUGACAAAUCAAACAAACCAUUACCUAUUUUUUUUUUUGUGUGUACUUUAAUUAAUUUUAUGUCUUAUUUUUAUGUAGAUUAUAUUUAUAAUUUUUUUUACUGUAAAUUUCAUAUCUAAAUCGAAUUAUAUUCAUAAUUUAAGGAGUUCCUGAUAAUUAAUCAAUUAAGUUUUUUACAUUAGAUAUUAAAUGUACAAUAUUAUGUGUUAAUUAGUAAUGCAAACAUUUAAUUACAUUUUAUUUGCAUAAACAUAUUAUAGAAUAUAUUUUUAUUUAAGCUUAUUUCAUAGUAAACAAGAAUUGAUUGAUUGAUUUAUUCUUUUAAAUAAUUUUUUUAAUUAAAAUUUGCUUUAAAAAAGUAACUAUUUUAAGUUUAAUAUUAUUAAAGUAAUUAUAUAUUUUUUAUGUGUAAUACGUAUAAUAGUAUUUUAUUAACUAUCACAUUUAAAAUACGCAAGCAAUUUAGUUAUAAUAUACCUAUAGAAUUCAAAAUAAUUAAAUAUUAAUGCUAAUUUAUUGUUGUAAUUAUUAUAAUACAUAUUAGAGUUUAAUUUAAUUCAUAUACAUAUACUUUCAACUAUCUAGUUCUGAAAAAUAGUCGUUAAUUAAACGAAAUAGUUAUAGUUAUACUCCAAUAUAAAAAUACUACCUUCCUCUCACCCCACUUACUGUCCAACACAUCUAAACCGUCGCCCCGAUAUCCUUGAUAUUUUUAUCGCAAGAGUUCCUAGUAACUGCAUUGCUAAGGUCUCCAACACCAACCUAACCUGUCAUCCAACCACUCACCAGUCAUAUUCGACCUCGAAAUUCUUUUUUCGAGCUUCUCCAUAAAUCCUUAAAAUCUUGGAAUAAUUAGAUUGGCCUAUUUUCCAAAAACUCAUCGAAACCCAUACACAACUCAACCC